CAUUCAACAGAAGCAGAGUCAUUUGGUCAUUCAAAAGAGAUCUAUGAUAAUGGGACAAGAUUGGAGUACGAUGAUACGAAUUUUGAUGUUCCUCAGCUUUACUGUAGGAUUGGCAUCGGGGAACAAGAUAUACCACUUCAAUCCCCCCAGCCCAUCAACACCUUACUAUUAUCCAGGUACUAAAGUUCCAGUGCACCCACCUCCAUAUGACAAGAAUCUUUUUAAAAAGAAAGGAUUUUUGAAUGUGCCAUUAACUAUGGCUUUAUGCAGAAAAUACAGUGAGCUACGAAGACUCAAACCAUGUGCAAGAGCAAUACAGAACAUGCAAAGGAGAAUACUACCCAGUUGCCCGUUAUCUGAUAACAACAGAUGGCCGUCGAAUACAAGUCAGCAUCCUCAUACAAGAACGAAAAGAUCAUUGACCCCACUACCUGAAUGUACAUCAAGCCAACCAAACCCAAUCACAGUGGUAGAAGCGAGAGAUUCAUUCAACCCUAAUAAAACGUGGACAUUAUAUCAAUGCAUUCCUCAAGACAUCAUUCAAGUUUACUACACAAAUUGCGACAACGAUUCAGACUUUGAAUGGGCUGGAUUAUCAUGCAAUGCACUCUGUGUUCGGAUGAAUUUGCUCGUGUAUGCCAACGAUGACUUGAACAAUGAUGAUCAUAUCACCAAAACAGUGGAUGUUGACCUGUCAUGCUGUCUGACUGUCAACAGAAUAUCUUGGAAUUAAUCCAAUGGCUAAGUCUGAUUGAGAUCUUUCAUCCAAGAAGUGAUAAUAAAGCAUACCAAAUUGUUUAAAAUUCAAUGUCUAAUUUCAAUAUAAUAUAUGGAAUAGUAAAAGAUUCUCAUAAGGCAAUAUUCUUGUAUAUAAUAAAACAAUGAUAAAUUCUUAAAAAU